GAGUGAAUUGCGGAUUUUCAACGGCGGCUUUUGGCGGCUGGGCUGGCCUUGCCUUGGCACCCGAGGGGCUCCGGUGGAGCGUGCCAGGUGGGACGCCCUGUCCCUUGCCCUUCCCCUCCGCGGGCAGAGGCCGACUCGGCAGGAGCGAGAGUCGCAGAGCUGGUGGCCGGGUCCGCGGAGCUGUCCCGCAGGGUGAAGUCGCAGCGCUCCCCCCGGCUUCCAGGGAGCGGAAGUGUCCCCGUGGGCCGGCCUCGCCCUUAGCCGCCCUUUGGGCGGCUUUUGUACCUCAGGGGAUGUCAGUCUCGGCGACGUGCUGGGCCCAGCUUUGAAGAAUGACUCGUGACGCCGGCGUGGGGGACAGCGUCAUCGCGGCACUUCACUGACCAUGGAUUCUUAUGCUAUCCCAGAAUCGACUCCCAGACGAAGUGCAUCCUCAAGGCUUAAAGAUCACUUUAUAGGUGCUACUCCUCUGCAGAAGCGGUUGGAAUCAGUCAGGAAGCUGACUUCAUUUGUCCCGCCUUCACCUCAAAGGAAAAUUCCCCAGUGUUCACAGUUGCAGGAAGAUGUUGAUCCUCAAAAGGUUGCAUUCCUUCUACAUAAGCAAUGGACUCUGUAUAGUUUAACUCCCCUGUAUAAGUUCUCCUACACAAAUCUCAAAGAGUACUCUAAAUUUCUGAGUGCAUUUAUUGUUGCUGAAAAGCAAAAAGGACUUGCUGUGGAAGUGGGCGAAGACUUGAACAUCAAAGUGAUUUUCUCUACUCUCCUGGGAAUGAAAGGAACACAAAGGGACCCUGAUGCAUUUCUCGUCCAGAUUCUGUCAAAAUCUCAAUUGCCAUCUGAGAACAGAGAAGGUAAAGUGUUGUGGACUGGUUGGUUCUGCUGUAUAUUUGGAGACAGUCUUCUGGAGACUGUUUCAGAAGAUUUCACCUGCUUACCCUUAUUCCUUGCAAAUGGAGCAGAGACUAAUACAGCCUUAAUUGGAACCUGGUUUCAGAAAACUUUUGACUGUCAUUUCAGUCCUUUAGCAAUCAAUGCAUUUAAUCUUUCCUGGAUGGCAGCUAUGUGGACUGCAUGCAAAAUGGACCAUUAUGUGGCUACUACUGAGUUUCUUUGGUCUGUACCGUGUAGCCCUCAAAGUCUGGAUAUUUCUUAUGCCAUACAUCCGGAGGAUGCAAAAGCUUUGUGGGACAGUGUCCACAAAGCCCCUGGGGAAGUUACCCAGGAGGAAGUUGACUUGUUCAUGGACUGCCUUUGUUCACAUUUCCAUAGGCAUUUCAAAAUUCACUUAUCAGCCACAAGAUUGGUUCGCGUUUCAACAUCUGUAGCUUCAGCACAUACUAAUGGAAAAAUAAAGAUUCUGUGUCAUAAAUACCUUAUUGGAGUGUUGGCAUAUUUGACAGAACUGGCAAUUUUUCAAAUUGAGUGAGGCCUUGUGGGGAUCAUAAGUCAUGGAUUUUAUACCUUUUUCUCAUUGUUUGAUUAAUUGCUAUGCUGAGAAGGGACUGCAGGAGAAAUGGGCAUCCAUCUCUGCAUCUGUUUCCUCACAGUGCCUUUGGAGGUGCCCGUAGAAGCCAAGAAGGAUCUAGAACAGAAGGUGGUAGGGCAUGAACCACAGCCAGGCGCUUCUGUAAUAGUCAUGACUAUCAGGGGUGCCAGUCUCUAGAAGAUGCUGAGUUGUUAUUUGUUGGCCAUCUUCCUAAAAAAUAUGUAAUGUUUAGUAUGUCAGACGUUUCGGAUUCAAAUGAGAGAGCUCUAAUAUUCAGUAUUUCUGACUUGGGUCUCUAAAACUUUUAGUUCCUUGUAAGCAUUUUAGACUUGCAUUGAGAGAAUUUCUGUCUUGUAAAGACAUUUUCCUAGCACAAUUUUGCUGUAGAGAACUAGCAAUCAAAAAAUCCUCUGCAAAGGAAACUAAAAAUGAAUAUGGAUUUUUAGAAGCCAUUAAUAUGCUUGUUUUUAAUAUUAUUCAUUUCUUAUUGCAGUGUUGAAUUAAAUAUAUUCACUUUUAAAAUGAAGCAGUGUGUUUAUCAAUAUCUUGGUGACAGAUAUUUAAUGUUUGAGGAAUGGGAAGUCAUGGGCUUUUUCUCUAGCACAAAGGUUACAAACCAACAAUUACGGAGAGUCAUACAAAUUGUACAUUGGAAAGGCAGAGAGUUUCUUCAUUCCCUAAUUUUGCUUUAGCACAGUGCUUGGUAAAUAUCUGUAGAUAAAAUAAAUGAAUUUUAACCAACUCUUCCAUUUUGCAGAUGAAAUGUACUAACUUUUGAGACUUGCCCUAGCAGUUAUAUCUAAACCUCUUUUUACUACUGAGCAUAGAAAAGUUUUGUUUUACUUUAGAAACCAUGUUUUUAAAAACCUUGUCUGGGGGAAAAUAUCUUUAAUAGGCUAUUAUUCUAAAAACAAAAAACAAGGUCUGGAGUGUGGUAUUGUUUUACAUUAGGAACAGAAGAGGUAGUAGAAAAAGCAUGGGCAUUGGAGUCAGACAUUCAUUCAUUCAACUAAUAUUAAGCUCCUACUUUAUACUUAGAAUUGUAUUGGGUAAUAAGAAUAUAGUAGUGAAGACAAAAAAGGUCCCUACCCUGUGGAAAUUAUAUUCUAAUGGAGGAAGGCAAAAGAUAAUUUCAUAUGGAGAUAAAACACUAUAAAGAAAAUAAGGCAAUGAGAUGAGAAAAAGGGUGAGUGGGAUGGGCCUACUUUACUUACAAUUGUCGAAGAAGGGCUCUCUGAGGAAGUGACAGGGGAGCUGAGUCCUGAGUGAGGAGCAGGAACCAGCCACCUGAAGAUCUGAGGACGAGUGUGCUAGGCAGGUGACACUACAGGAGCAAAGGCCUUGGGACAGGUAAGGGCUCAGUUUGAGGAACAAAGGGAACGUAUGGCUGGAGCACAGUAAGAGUGGAGUAGUGCGAGAUGGAACUGAAGGGACUAUGCAGCAGAAACUUCUUCCAUGGUGUUAUGACUCCCAACUUUUGGCUGGGCACAUGGCUGCCCAGAAACAGGAAGACAUUUUCCAGCCUUUCUCAGAGGUCUCUUAAGUUCUGACCCCUGUAAGUGGAAGCGUUAUGUAGAGCUUUCAGGAAUCUUCCUUAAAACACAGCAAGCAUGUACCCCUUGCUCUUUUCUUCUUCCAACUUCGCUGCUUGGUACACAUGUAAUGACUGGUACUCUAGCUGCUCUUUUAGGUCACAGGGAUGAGGGUCAGUCCUAAAGACCGGGGAACAUGGCCUGGAAGGAGUUUGUGCCCUGAGGACUUUUAAAAAUAUAUGUAUUUUUAUUGAUUUCAGCCUCCUGCAUGCCCCCUACUGGGGAUCAAGCCCACAACCCGGGCAUGUGCCCUUGACAGGAAUUGAACCCGGACCCUUCAGUCUGCAGGCCGACGCUCUAACCACUGAGCCAAACCUGUUAGGGCCCUGAGGACUUCUUGAAGCUGAACCCUGUACCAGCCUUGGGAGGUCUUCCUUUAGACAUGUGUGUCAGAGAAGUAAACUUCCAUCUUGUUUUAAGCUAUUGCUGUUUGGGUCUCUUGCUCAUAACCAAACCUAAUCCUAAUACCUAGAGGCAGGAUUCCCAUCAUCUCAGUUUUCAUAGGGACUGUGAAGAAAUUGGAUUUUAUCCUAAAUGCAAUGGGGAGCCCCUGAAGUUUUAAGCAGGAGAGUAAUAUCACCCACUGUAUAUUUUAUAAGGUAUUGGAGAAAUUGUAGGGAGACAAGAGUGGAAGAGGGGAAACAGGUAAAGGGGUGUUAGAAAUGGUACAUACUCUAUGGAGAAGUUAGUGUAUAGUAUGCUCUCUUUUAUGAGGAAUGGAGGAAUAUGUGUGUGUAUUUCCCUAUGUUAAAAAAGCAACAAUGGAAGGGACAAGUCAAAAACUAAUAAAAGUGGUUACUAAUAGAAAAGAAGGAAUUGGGGAGAGGAGACAGGAAUGAAAGCCUUAGUAUCUUAAGGCUUCUUUGAAUGUUCCAUUUAUAGUAUGGAACCAUAUAAGUGGUUUAUAUAGCUAUAAAACAAAAUCAGAUCCAAAAGGAAAAAAAAGCAAUCCUUAAAAUUGGAAACAAAUGAACCUAAAUAUAUAUGAAGUUCAUGCUAUAAUCACACGAAGAACUAUUCUUAGUAUCUUUACUACUAUUUUGACUGUGCAUCGUUAGUGGUCUAUAUCCUAGGAAAAGAGCAGCAAAGGAAUAUUAAAUUUCAUUCAGUUAUAUUUUUAUUAAUAUUGGUAUUUUACCACUAUUAUUAAGAUGAAACGUAAUUAUAACAAUGUUAGGAACCAAGUUUUACAGUGUAAAAGAUACACAAUUAUAAUAUCAGGUAAGCUAAGUAGAAACUAUACUACUAAAUUUUAA